AUGUACAAAGAAAUAGCAGACUUCGUGUCUCAUAGUGCCGGUUUACACUCAGUUGAGCCUAUUGAUGAUCUACAGGAGCAAAUUCCCAACGCCUGCUUGCAAGCUUUGCGGGCACAAGUUGACUUAAAGAGACAUGAACUGUAUAAGUUGAGCAAGCAGGAUGCAAUUUGCAAACAAGUUGUAGAUUUCGAGUCAGAUUGGAGACGUGAACAACUAAACCUCAUUUCGGAUCUUAUAGGUGAUAUACCGCGGUACUCAAUUGGUACUGAAUUGAGAGGUGACGAUGACGAUAGCAAUGAUCCGGGAUUGUCACUAGAGAAACUAAUGCAGGAUAUUGGAAAUCUACCUCGAAUUGGAAUAGCAUCUUCUAAUUCAAUUGCUGACAACCAAGAAAGAGACGUAAGAAUAUUAAAUGAAUACAGCAAUUUAAGGAAAGAAUUAGUAAACAAAUGCCAUGCCAUUGCAUUUGGUAAUACAAAGAUUGAAGAAACAGAAAACAAAUUAAACAAAAUACGACAUCUUUUGGAAUCAAUUGAAGAAAAACUCGACCCAACUGAAAACAUAACUGAUUUUUUUGCCCGAUAUGAUGGAGAGAUAAGGCUAAAUCUGGAAGAGUUUACUUUUUUACUCGAGGACGCUAUCAAACGUUCCGAUACAUCUCCACUUACGCAAGCUAACCUCAAAGAAAUGAUGAAAAGGGUUUCAAUCUAA